UGUUUAUGAGCUCACACUAAAAUUCAACAAUGUUCACAGGAUUGCAUUGGCGGUGUUUGGUAGCGAAUCUCACACUUUCGGUUUUGCGGACGAUAGGAGAAACAAUACGGUGUCGAUGACUUGGAACCCUUCCUCUCUGCUGCUCGCUCUCGCGAUUGCCGGUUCUAGUAUCGUGCUUCAAAAGCAGGGAGUUUUCGCUUCUCCUGAGGCGUGCGCUGCUUCCGGUGCUUAUUGUGGCAACGAUCAGAGCGGACCCAACUGCUGCCCGUCUGGAAAAUAUUGCCAGCCUUGGAACUCGAACUACUACCAAUGUCGUCCCAAGCCCGCUCAAUGCGGCACCCCCGAGGUCGGUAUCGACUAUAAUGGUGCUGACCUCGCCGAUCUCACUGGUAUAAAGCUGCCCGACGAGUGCUGCAACAAAUGCGCCGGUACUUCUGGUUGUAAGGCAUUCACGUUCAUCAACAACGGAUGGGAUGGCCAGCCUCACUGCUACCUCAAGAGCGGCACGGGUACGCGGAAGAAAGUGGUGGGAGCUGUGUCCGCCACCGUUUCAUCGUCGCGAAGCACCAACAUAACCGGGGGCCAUAUCCAGGCGCAAAUUCGCAGUGGUGCAGUCCACUCCAAGGCUGUCAACUUGGGAGGAUGGCUUCUCACGGAACACUGGAUAACCUGGGAGUCUGCUCUAUGGAAUGGAGUCUCCAGGGAUGAAGACCACAAGGGAGAAUACCACACGAUGCAGAUUCUGGGCAAGGAAAAAGGUACCGCUGCGUUUGAGCAACACCGUAAGACUUGGAUCACUGAAGCUGAUAUCAAGGAGAUCGCCGACACGGGGGUGCUUAACACCGUCCGUGUUCCGGUUGGUCACUGGAUCAUCCGUGAUGCUACCACUGCACCUGGCACUGAAGGAGACAUGUUUGCUCGUGGAGGCUUGAAAUAUCUGGACGCUCUAAUCAAUGACUGGGCCCUCAAACACAACAUCGCGGUAAUUAUCAGUCUGCAUGCUCACCAGGGAAGCCAGAACGGCAUCGAGCACAGUGCACCCGUCACUCUGGGCAACGUGGGCUGGAGCACCUCGCAAACCAACAUAGACAACUCUAUUAAGUUUGCCACGUUCCUUGCUGCAAGGUACAAGAACAGCCCCGCGUUCCUGGGAAUGGCGCUAAUGAACGAGCCAGUGCCACCUGUUGACGCGAACGCACUACGCAACUACUAUAUUGAAACGUACAAGCAGAUUCGCGCUACUGGCAACGACUGCAUUCUUCUGGUGACUCCGUUCCUUAAUGAUCAGGACCCGGAUCACCUCAGGGGAAUGAUCGGUGCACCGGAGUUCACGAAUGUGUGGAACGAGAUCCACGCGUACUUUAUCUGGGGUUAUGAUGGCAAGACGGAGGAGCAGGUGCUAGCAGCAAUCGACCAGUAUGAUCAGAGUCACUUGAAGUCCGCUCCAACCAACAACCGCCUUUUCCUUGGUGAAUGGUGCAUGGGUGGGCCUCCCGAUUCGAGAGGUAUCUUCCAAAAUAUUGACAACUUCCGCGAGUUGGGACGAAAGCAACUUGCCUACUACAACGCCGAUACUACGGGUGGUUGGGCAUUCUGGACGUGGCGACACUCGGACGAGACGACCAAGCGCACUGGUUGGUCGAUGCGCUAUCUCAUCAGGAGCGGCUAUCUGAAUCUGAAGAAUUAGCCUGUUUAGGACUUCCAGAUUUUCUGAUGAGUUUGAAACUCAGGCGACAAACCAAACACAGAUAAUACAUUGACACCGUUAGAUUCGCAAAAAAAAAAAAAAAAGAUGAAGUUUAGUACAGUGUACUUGACUCGCGCGAGUUUGUGCUUUGUCUUGCAU